AUGAUCUUCCUAAAGACAUUGGACUAUCAGAUGAAAAGUGAGUCGAAGAAAUCGACUGGAAGACGGGAUGGUGGGCCAUAUGUUCGUACAACUACCGAUGUUCCUUUUGACAAUAAGUUUGGUGCCAUGACUUCAAUUGAGUACGCCAUUGAUGAAAGUUUGGACAUCAAGGAAGAAAACGUCCAAGAUCCAGGGACGUCCAUAGUUCAGAAACGGAAUGAAACAUACAAAUCAAAAUUUUAUACCGUAAACAUAAGAGAAGGUGAUAUUUGUUAUUCCAAUCCCAAAGUGCAGAGCCCGAGGAAGCUAGAAAUUCAGAAAUCCAAACUGGGAAUUAAAUAUACAUGCAACAUUUGCGCGCGAAGCUAUGCGCGCAAUUCAUCUUUAACUGCUCAUAAAAAAUUUGAGUGCGGGGUCAUGCCACAGUUCAGUUGUAAAUUCUGCGGCCAGCUAUUCAAACGGAAAAGUCACAUGAAUGAACAUAUAGAUCAGGUGCAUCACAAGAUAAGCUCAACGAAGCCGGUAUUAAUGCAUAAGUGUGAUAAAUGUUCUCGAAGUUACAUUUGGCCAACUCAUUUAGCUCGACACAGACGUCUAGUGCAUGCAGCAGUUAAACCACAAUUUAUCUGCGAUUUUUGCGGAUACAAGACGAAUACGAAAUGUAACUUGGUGACACAUAUGAACUCACGUCACUCACAGACAACCGAAUCCAAACAUAUAUGCAACAUAUGCGCUCGAAAUUAUCGCUCGGCAAGUGGUUUAUAUCAACAUAAACGCAUAGAGCACGCAGUACUCAAACCACAAUUUAAUUGCGCUAUUUGCGAAUUCAAAACUAAACGCAAAGAUUACCUGUCAAAUCAUAUCACAGCAAAGCAUUUUCACAUUUAAUAAUUAUUAUUCAGAUUGCCGGUCAGCUGCUUUCCCAUUAAGUUAUUAGAGAUAUCGAAAGAAGAAUUUAUUUUCAUAAAUACGCGCUAUCUUAAGCCAGGUGUUACAUUUAUUAUACGAGUCAUUUUAAAGGAAUCUGUAUUAUCAUCAGAGUUAGUUACUAUC